GGCACUCGAGCGCGCAAGCUGUCGGCCGAAAUCCCAUCCCCAUUUUGCCACCAGCGAGCGCAGACAUCAUCGCCGUCGCCGGGCGCACCUCCGGCCGCCGCGCCGCGGUGGUAAUCGCAAUUCCCAAUUCUCCAGACCCUCCUCCUACGCAGGUCAUCCUCAUCAUCCGCUCCGACCUCCAAAUCCACCACCAUCCUGCCUGCCCCCCGCUCCCAAACCCCACGAUGAACAUCCCUUCCCGACUCCGCCAUCUCCGCCGCCUUCUCGCGGCCGCGCCCUCGGCAACGCUUGGCGCCGCACACUCCCCCAAUCCAUCCCCCUUCCGACCGCCGCACCCCACCAGAAUCCUGCCGCUGCGGUUCCAUCCACCAAUACUCCUCCCAGCGCGGCGGCGCUUCUCCGAGCACGCCAUCCUCCCCACUCACCUCCAGGACGAGCGCUUCGCCGCGCUUUCGGACAGGAUCUAUGAUGCCGUGAUUAAGACGGAGGCGGAAUCCAGCGAGGGCACGGAGGCCGCUCUCGACGCGUUGGGCGCCGAACUGACUACCCCGCUCGUCGCCGACGUGCUGCACCGCCUCCGCUACGAGGAGAAGCUGGCGUUCCGGUUCUUCGCCUGGGCGUCCCUCCAGGAUGGGUACAGCCACGAACCGGCCACCUACAACGACAUCAUCGACAUCCUCUCCGGCACGCGGUACAAGAGCCGACAGUUCGGUGUCCUCUGCGAUUUGCUCGACCACAUGAAGCGCCACGGCACGAGGUCGGUGCCGGUUGAGGACCUGCUGCCGAUCCUGCGCGCCUAUACGGAGAAGCACCUCACGCACAUGAGGAAGCUGGCCAAGAAGCGGCGGGUUCGGAUGCGUACGCCGCCGGAGACCGACGCGCUCAACGUGCUGCUGGACGCGUUCUGCAAGUGUGGGAUGGUAAAGGAGGCAGAGGCGGUGUUCGGCCGCGUGAAGAGGAGGUUGCUGGGUAAUGCCGAGACAUACAGUAUCCUGUUCUUUGGGUGGUGCCGAGCGAGGGACCCCAAGAAGGCCAUGAAGGUGCUCGAGGAAAUGAUUCAAAUGAAGUACACCCCGGAGAGUUUCACCUACAUUGCAGCCAUCGAUUCGUUUUGCAGUGCUGGAUUGGUGUCAGAGGCAAGGGAGUUGUUUGAGUUCAUGAGGACUGAGGGAUCGACGAUAUCAUCACCCACAGCCAAGGCGUAUUCGAUUAUGAUUGUUGCUCUAGCAAAGGCUGAUCGGAUGGAGGAGUGUUUUGAGCUGAUUUCAGAUAUGAGAAGCAGUGGGUGUAUGCCUGAUGUAUCGACUUAUAAAGAUUUGAUUGAAGGGAUGUGCUUGGUGGGUAAACUGGAUGCUGCCUAUCCUGUGUUGGAGGAGAUGGGAAAGGCUGGAUUUCCUCCUGACAUUGUCACCUACAAUUGCUUUCUUAAGGUUCUCUGCAGUCUUCGACAGGCUGAUGAUGCACUUGAACUUUGUGAGAGAAUGAUAGAGGCGCAUUGCGAGCCCAGUGUUCAUACCUAUAAUAUGCUGAUGGUGAUGUUCUUUGAGAUGGGAGAGGCACAUAGAGCUUUAGAUAUCUGGCACGAGAUGGACACAAGGGGAUGUAAUCGUGCUAUUGAUACCUACGAAAUAAUGAUUGAUGGUCUGUUUGACUGCGGAAGAACAGAAGAUGCAAGUGCUCUUCUAGAUGAGGUUAUAAACCGUGACAUGAAACUUUCAUACAAGAAGUUUGAUGCUAUAAUGCUGCGGUUAUCAGCUGUAGGCAACCUUGGUGCGAUACAUCGAUUGUCUGAGCAUAUGAGGAGAUUUUACAAUGUUGCGAUGUCACGACGAUUUGCAAUCACUCAGAAGAAGAAGAGCAUAGGUCUGAGAAGGAAAUGAGUGGCAUUACUAUUGAUGCUGUGGUUUCUUGUUACUGUGGAUAAUCAGGAACUUAUUCAAAGGGUGGUUGAUGUAUGCCAGCACACAUUGCUAUAGCAAUCCGGAGUUCGAGAAGCACACUGCAUGGACUCGUUCAUUUGUUGAAUUGAACCAGGGCUAUGAAUAUCAUUGCGCUUGAAUUGUACAUAAGAUGCACAAGGUACCCCCCACCCCACCAUGCACAAGGUCUCUUUUAUGGCCUUCUUGUUCAUGUGGGACCCCUUUGUUCCUUAUGCUCAAACGAAACAUGUACUGUGUAAGCCUAAAACUAAAUUUUCUGCCAUUAAACAUGUGACGUACACCACAUUCCUCAAUUCUCUACAUGUUUCUCAAUAUUGAUUUAUGGGUUAUUUCAAAACUCAGCUGCUCAAGGAAACAUUUUACUGAUAGCUUGUUAGAAGUUCGUGUUCCCUAAAAUGGAAUGGAGUUGCACCCUUGCCUUUAUUACUACUGUGUUUGUAUGUAGAGGGUGACAAACUGACAAUGACCAAAAUUUGGUUGUUUUAGUUUUUCAAAAAAAAAAGGUUGUUUUGGCUAGUGUCCAAAGUUGAAACAUAACUUUAGUAUAUUUAGUGUGUGCCCCACAGCUGCACCAAAAUUUUGGUGCUAAUUGUGGCUACAGAUGCUAAACUAGUAAAUAGAAAUAUAGAAAUAUGCACUCUAGCAAUCACAAAAGAUUAGAGUGAAACAAACAGAUGACUUACUGGUGUAGGGGUGGUAAUGGGCCAUGGCCCUAGUGGUUUCUUCACAGUCCAACAAGGUCAUUAAAUUAUUUAGCUCAAAAUUAUAUAAGAUUAGAGUCCAGCCCUUUUAGGGUCUAGCCCUUAGAUUUUCUAGUUCAAAAUCUUGGACUCUUUACCACCCCUGACCCAGAAAUUUGGUAGACCUCUAAAAUCAGUAUAACGAAUCAAGAUUCGAUCACUGGAGCGAGUAGAUAGAUGGACGUGGACUAGACUACUAGUCAUUUGAUACUUGCCCGCUUGCUGCAUGG